CUCUUGCUCAGCCUGGGGAGCUCUCCCCACAUAGAGACCUUCCUCUGCCCACGACCCCACUCUCUCACUGCCCGCGGACCUGACCGCCUCAGAAGCCCUGGCUUUUGUCUCCUCCUGCGAAGAUGCCUUCCCUACCCUCUGGUCUCCCCGUGGAGCUGGGCUCCAUGCGGAGUCUAGAUACCCAGUUGAGCCGUCUGCUUCGCCUGGCUGUGGCCGGGGGCCCAAGCUGGAGCCUGGCGAGGCUCCUACGGAGAGUUGUCCAGAUUGAUGGCGAGAACUCUGCUGGGCAGACGGGGCUUUUCCUCUCAGCUCUGCUGGGCCACAGCUGUGCCGUGCGGCUCUUGCUGGUCUUUGGUGCCAACCCUAACCACCGCUGCCUUGAUGGCAGCACACCAGUGCAUGCGGCUGCCUUCUCAGGCUGCAGCCAGGUCAUGCUGCAGCUGCUGCAGGCAGGGGGUGACCUGCGUCUGCAUGACCAGCAAGGUCGCACACCACGAGACUGGGCUGUGCAGGGCGGUGCCAGGCAGAGCUGGGAGGUAGUGGAGCUGUUGCAGCUGUGCCGCAUCCACAUGUCAGCACUACUGUGUGGUGGGGAGUUAGCACCCAUUGCAGCCCUGGGCCCAUUGUAUACCAGCUCUGGGCACGGCCCUUGUGGCUCCCUGUCCUCACUGAUGCAGUCAGAAAGCCCCUUUUACCCCAGGAUGCUGAGGCCAGAGCAGAUUGGGAGAUCUCCCCGAACCCCAACCUUGGGAUUUGGCCAGAUGAGCAGCCUGCAGCCACUGGGGCUGGUAACAGGCAUACCCUUGGCGGACCCCAAGGAGCUGCUGCCAGCCCAGGGUGAACCUGACCGCACCUAUGAGAACAGCUCCCAUACCCUCAUGGUCAACCUCCUGUGGAGGGGCAACCCUGUGACCAUGCGGCAGCUGAAAGCCCCUGGAGCCCACCCUGACAUGCUACUGGCUGACCUUCAGCACUGCAGCACACUGCAUCACCCCAACCUGCUGCUGCUGAUGGCACUGAGCCCCUCAGCAGACCUGUCAGGGCUGUGUCUCCUCUUCGAGCCUGUGUGGCUGGGCUCCCUGCAUGUGGUGCUACACCAACCGAAAUGGAGGGAGAAGGGCCCCAGAACUGUGCCAGGCCUGCUGCCUGGCCACAUGCUGCUACAGGUGCUGGAGGCCCUGCUGUUCCUACAGGCCCGCUGCCGGGCCCACGGUGGUCUCAGCUCCCAUGCUGUGCAGCUGGUACGGCCUGGCCUGGCUAAGGUGGGCAACCUAGAGCAUGGGCGCCCACUGAACCAGCCUUGCCUGAGGCCCAGGCUGCAGCAGGGCUACCCCUGGGGAGGUCCAGGUACAGGGCUGCCCCCACCACCUGAACUGUACCCAUGGCUGCCUCUUGAGCUAAUCCACGGUGACAUGCCUGCCGCCACCUCAGACCUCUACAGCUUCUGCAUCCUGGCUCAGGAAGUCUUCACUGGAGAGCUGCCCUGGGCUGGGAGAGAGGGGCUUGAGGUGAAGGCCAAGCUGGAGGCAGGUGAGAGCCCAGCCCUGGAUCCCUUGGUGCCGAGCCCCUACCAGGCCCUGGUUCGGGCUGGGCUUGGUCUAGGGCCUACCGACCGCUGGGGCAGCCUGCAGAGUACUCGAUACCUGCUGCGGGAGGCCGUGGCCCAGGACUCAGAUCCUGAGGUCAGUUCCCCAAUGAAGUGGACUACACUAACCCCUGUACCCCAGCGGUCCCCACCAGAGCAAAUGUACUAUGAAGUAGCUCGCAGAGCCACGAUCAUGCCUGGGUCUGUGCAGCCAAGCCCCAUGCCAUCCGAGGCCCUGGAGACUCCGGAGGUCACAGGCCACAGUGGGGUCCAGAGGGGUGCAGCCUCGUACUCAAGCAGCAGCUUGACUCUAAGCAGCAGCUGUAGUCACAGCCCUGGCUCUAGCCACAGCCCCAGCGCCAGGGUCAGCCUGUUCUGCUGCCUGGAGCCCACAUCAACAGCAGCCAGCACUGAGCCAAUGGGAGAAGAUCUCUUCUCCAGCCUCCAGAAGCCUACCCCUGCCCCCUUUCCCCAGAAUGGAUCUGCUGGGAGAGAUCAUGGCAGAGCUGCAAAGUGGAUGUCAACUUGGAGACAAGCCCAGUGGAGGCCCUCCUACUGGCAUAGAUUCCUAGGGUGCCUGCCCCUCCCUGCAGAUAUUGUUACCUGGAGCCUUCCAGGAGGGACUGACUGCCCACUGGAAAGAAAAUGACAA